CGCCGUGAAAUUACACUGAGCUCAUCUCCUAUUCCCUGUUUCUAUCUUCUGCCUCUGCAUUGUCUUUGUUUCUCUGUUUUUUUCUCUCUGUUUCUCUAAUGGAAAGUAUCAAGCACAGCUACGUAGAAGUGAGUGGACUCAAGCUUCAUGUAGCUGAGAUUGGAAGUGGUCCAAAGGUGGUUGUGUUCUUGCAUGGAUUUCCAGAGAUAUGGUAUACAUGGCGCCACCAAAUGAUUGCGGUGGCCAACAGAGGCUAUCGAGCAAUCGCUUUUGAUUUCCGGGGCUAUGGACUUUCCGACCAGCCACUGGAGCCGGAAAAAGCCAAUUUCCAAGUCCUUGUUGACGAUGUCAUUGGUGUUUUGGACUCUUUGAGCAUCGACAAGGCUAUUCUUGUUGGGAAGGACUUUGGGGCUUUUCCAGCAUACUUGGUACCUAUACUACACCCGGAACGGGUGUCUGGUGUAGUGACACUAGGUGUUCCUUUCAUGCUUCCAGGUCCCUCAGCCGUAAAAAAUCAUCUUCUUCCUAAAGGCUUCUACAUAACAAGGUGGCAGGAGCCGGGGCGAGCGGAAGCAGAUUUUGGCCGCUUUGAUGUCAAGUCAGUUAUAAGGAACAUAUAUACUCUCUUCUCAAGAAGUGAAGUCCCAAUAGCCGGUGAUGAUCAGGAAAUCAUGGACUUGUUCAACCCAUCUACUCCUCUUCCGCCUUGGUUCUCGGAGGAAGAUCUUACUGCCUAUGCAUCUUUGUAUGAGAAGUCUGGAUUCCGUUUUGCACUCCAGGUUCCAUACAGGACUGUGAAUGUGGAUAUUGGUAUAACUGAUCCUAAAGUCACGGUACCGGCAUUGUUUGUCAUGGGUGAGAAGGACUACGUCUUGAAUUUUCCAGGGAUGGAGGAAUACGUAAGGAGUGGAGCAGUGAAACAGUUUGUGCCUAAUCUGGAUAUCAUUUUCAUAACAGAAGGAAAUCAUUUUGUGCAUGAACAACUUCCAGAGAAGAUUAAUCAGCUCUUAAUCACCUUCCUUGACAAACAUAGUACCUGAUUAAUAGGUUAUUUUAUUUGAGCCUUAGGAACAAUAUAAUCCAAUGAGUAAAUAAAAUUGUUCUCUAUGGCAUAUUAGAAAAAACCUGGCCUUAUGUUAUUACCUCGUAUUUACAGCCUCCUUUUAUAUUUUGUACCUCCAAUAUGAUAUGCUUUAUGAACCUUUCAAAGUUAUGUUGUCAAAAUAUAUAAUAGUUUAAUGUUAUGUCACUUAAAUUGCCCUGGGACAAUUCUCCUA